CACACGCACCACACUCCUCUCUCACGCACAAACAAUUGGCGAAUAUAUAAAGUAGGCUGGUCCAUAGUGCAUAUGUGCUUAACCACAAAUCCGUGUAAACAUUUGCCAAAGCGCCUGCGCGCUGUACAUUAAUCUUAUCGCCAUAAUCUAAUCGUGGUGCCAUUGGAGCACAAAAAAAGCGGGUCCCUCGCUGCGUGAAACAGUUAGUUGGUCGUCGAAGCCGCAAGCAAACGGACGCAGUCUCUCUCCACUUCCAUCUCUCUCUGUCAGUUGUUCGCUCGCUCGCUCCAUCGAACUGUGUUCGAAGCGUUGUAACCUAGAAAACAUCGAAGAAGUUAAUUUAUUAACACACACACACAAUGACUUCGCAACUGCUGCCUGGCAACAUUGUUUUCGGUGGCCCAAUCCCAGUGAGAGUUGCCCAGGAUUAUCGUUCCCUUGGCCAAUAUGUGCUUGAGAAAUACAAGAGCUUUGGUGACCAAACGGUCAUGAUUGAUGCCGUCACCGGCACCGAAUACAAUGCCAAAUUCAUGUACGAUUCCAUUGUACGUCUGGCCCAAAUCCUCCAGAAACUGGGCGUCAAGCAGAACGAUGUCAUCGGACUGUCCAGUGAGAAUAGCGUUGGCUUUGCCAUUGCCAUGUUUGCGGGCUUCGCUGUGGGCGCCACUGUGGCUCCCUUGAAUGUCACCUACUCGGAUCGUGAGGUGGAUCACGCCAUCAAUCUGUCGAAGCCAAAGGUCAUCUUUGCCUCCAAGAUCACCGUGGAUCGUGUGGCCAAGGUUGCCAAGAACAACAAGUUUGUCAAGGCCAUCAUUGCUCUGAGCGGCAACUCCACAAAUCAUCCCAAUGUGCAAUUGUUCACGGAUCUGAUGAACAACGACAAGUUCAAGACGACCCCGGACUUUACCUCACCAACGGCCAACAAAGCGGAGGAUGUGUCACUCAUUGUGUGCUCCUCGGGCACCACAGGACUGCCCAAAGGUGUGCAGCUGACGCAGUCCAAUCUGCUGGCCACCCUCGACUCGCAAAUUCAACCCACCAUGAUGCCGCUCAGUGAGAUUACGCUGCUGACCGUGAUCCCCUGGUUCCAUGCCUUUGGCUGCCUGACGCUCAUCACCACAGCAACAAUGGGCACACGUCUCGUCUACUUGCCCAAGUUCGAGGAGAAUCUCUUUCUCUCCGCCAUCGAGAAAUAUCGCGUCAUGAUGGCUUUCAUGGUGCCACCACUGAUGGUCUUCCUGGCCAAGCAUCCCAUUGUGGACAAGUACGAUCUGUCCUCGCUGAUGGUGCUCCUCUGUGGCGCUGCGCCGCUCAGUCGUGAGACCGAAGAUCAGAUCAAGGAGCGCAUUGGCGUGCCCUUCAUUCGUCAGGGUUACGGCUUGAGCGAGUCCACAUUGAGUGUGCUGGUGCAGACGGAUGACUUCUGCAAGCCAGGCAGCGUGGGCGUGCUCAAAGUGGGCAUCUAUGCCAAGGUUAUCGAUCCCGAUACGGGCAAGCUGUUGGGUCCCAACGAGCGUGGCGAACUGUGCUUCAAGGGGGAUGGCAUCAUGAAGGGCUACAUUGGCGACACAAAGUCCACGCAGACUGCCAUCAAGGAUGGCUGGCUGCACACUGGCGACAUUGGCUACUACGACAAUGAGUUUGAGUUCUUCAUUGUGGAUCGCAUCAAGGAACUGAUCAAGUACAAGGGCUUCCAGGUGCCCCCAGCAGAAAUUGAGGCUCUGUUGCUGACCAACGAUAAGAUUAAAGAUGCUGCCGUCAUCGGACGACCGGAUGAAGAGGCUGGCGAGUUGCCCAUGGCAUUUGUGGUGAAGCAGGCGAAUGUUCAGCUCAGCGAAGACGAUGUCAUCACCUUCGUUCAUGAGCGUGCCUCGCCAGCGAAGCGUAUUCGUGGUGGCGUCAUCUUUGUCGAAGAGAUUCCUAAGAAUCCCAGUGGAAAGAUACUGAGACGCGUGUUGCGCGAAAUGCUGAAGAAGCCAAAGUCCAAAUUAUAAGCUAUUCGUUGGGGUCAAAGGUGGGCAUGGUGGUCAAAAUGCAAAUCGCAAAUCAUUUGUUGUACAAAGAAGAAUUUUCCAUUAC